AAAAUAUCGAUCAAAAACGUUCCGAACUGUGCAAGCUGCCCGUCGUUUCGAUCCCUUUUCCCAGGCCCAUCUACAACUGCUGGCCACCGUCCAUYCCAAUCUGCCUAUGCAUCGUACUGGCAUGCAGCUAGUCUAGCAACCAGCGUUGACAAGAAGAGACAGCAGAGACAGCAUCGGCAACAACGACCGGAACAAAAACACACCACCAGAACGAUUUGCGAACCGGUGUGGGCUGCGGAAGGAAGAUAGAUUUGCAGUCGUUGCACUAUCGAGAACAAUACGCAACCGAGCAGGUUCCUUCGAAGAACUUUCGUCGAUAGGUAUCGUGUCACGCACACACCUUUUUUGCAACAAACGGCAGCACAUCGCAAUCGCAAUCGCAACGCGUCAAUUCUCUUUCGCACAGAACAGACUGUGGACCAGAACCCAACCCCGAACAAAUCAAUCAAUACGAUCCAUCGAUCGAAAGAACCACCCGUGCGGAUAUUUUCGUGACAUCGGCUCGACCGGAUCUAGAUCGAAGGUUCCAGCGAUAGUUUUGGUGCACCGACCCCAUCGGUUCGAAAAGCAAAGCAAAGCGAAACACGCGAACAAAACCAAAAACGACCCGGCAACAACACCGUCGCACGAUCGAUCGAUCAAAAGACAAAACAAAGACAGACACAAAUCAAAAUGGCGUCUCCCUUUUCCUUUCACUGCAUGAUUUGCUACGAGGAGUUCGACAUCGAGAAACGAUUCCCGGUGGUCCUACCCUGCGGGCACACCUACAUCUGCAACGUCUGCGCCCACCGGCUCGACCGGUGCAUGGAAUGCCGAACGUCCCUCUACGAGCUGGUUCCGCAGAGCCAAGAAUGCACAAAGRUCGCGGAGCAGCUCCCCGGCUGGUCGACUCGGAGCCUGGGGGUGAAUAACUCCCGGAACGCCGCUGCCGCAAGGAACCAGCCCAAAAAGCCGCCUCCCCCCGUCAAGAGGCGGCUGGUCCUGCCAAAGAACGUCGUCCUCAUGUCCCUCAUCGAGGCCACAGAACUGGCCACCGAAAACGUCAACGGCCAGGAACACGAGCCGUCCCUCCAGGACUCGCCCAUGAUCAAGCCCUCCGUUAUGGACCUGGAAUACGACGAGGAAGAGAAGAUCAAGACGGGAACCUCCCUGGCGAUCAGCGACUGCGGGACCUAUGCCGUGUCGGCAAAGGACGGCCUCGAAAUCUUUCCCAACAAGCCCGAUUCGCUGGUCCAGCAAUCGGAGGAAGACGUCGACACGCUGGUGAGGUUCUACAACAAGGACCUGGCCGCCAACGGCGGCGACAAGARGACCGCCGAGGGCGACUUUCAACGGGAGCAGACGGCGCCCCCCGGGCGUCCGUCCGGACGCCUCAGCUGGGGCGACCGGGUGCAGAUCGUAUCGGCGCAGAACGGAUGGGCGAAAAUGGCACGGGGAUACGGAUACGUUCGGGCGGGACACCAGCAGCUGGUCAAGGGUGCGUCCCGUCUCGUGUGUUGCGCGUUUGUCACCUUGCCUCCUUGCUUGCUUGCUCUCUCGCUCGAUCGCUCGCUCGCUUUUGUGUUUGUGUUUGGUUCGUCGGGGUUGGCUUGUGUUACCUCCCUCUCUGUUCUUUCCGAUCCUCACCGUCGUGUUUUGGUUUCUGUCUUGUGUUUUCCUCGAAUCACCAGUUGGAGGAUCGGUAGACCGUUCCUGCAAACUAGAAGCCAUGCUGCGGCUCAUGUCUACGAGGAGAAAAAAACUUCGAGAAGAACAGAAAAAAAUAGACAAUCAGUUCAUAGCCUUCAUGAACGAAUUACAGGUGUCGCUCAUGUCCGAUGAAGAUCUGACGGUCAUUGCCGCCGACACCUUUCACAAGAACCUAGAAAACAACGACCCCAGCGGAGGUGGCUCUACAAACUCCCAAACGGUCCGGACAAGAAACCAAGAUGUUACACCCUUGGAUGCGACCAGGAGUGCAAACGCACCGGAACCCGCGCGUUCCAACAACGCGGGCGUUGUGGUACCGGAAGCCAUUCGACCCACCAAUACGUACGAGGAUAGCACGCCCCUGAAGCCGAGGUUCAACGAACGCCCCAUGACACCACCGGGACCGAGUUCGAGGGGCUCCUUUUUCUGCAGCAGCAGCGAUGUAUUGAACGCAUUCGCACCAUUGUCCAGCAGUGAAACGCAGACGCCCGCCCUUCCAAACGUAGCUCCCACCCCGGCCAUUGCCCGAGAGUUCAACAACAUGAGCGUGCAGGAACGAAACCAGUUGCAACAGAAUGCCUACCCCCAGACMCCCCGCCACGACCACCGGGGCCAGCACUACGUAGAGGAUACACCGACACGAAUACUGACGUCGGCCUCCCAUCCCUCCCCGAGUGCUCUGAGGGCCGGAGCUCGCGCCUGGAGAGAAAUGCACGGCCGACAAGCGAGCAACGGCAUCGACUUCCGGACGGGCAUGAGUGGCCACUCGGCCCUGUUUUCUUCUAGUGCGCACACGCACGACUAUCUCGCGUCCWCAAAGGGAUUUUUUGCCGGAAUGAGCAACCACACGGGCUUGACCAUGUGGAAAGCCCCGAAAUUCCCGUACAGUCUAACUACUUCUUAUACAGCCGAUGAAGGAACAGAAGCGGAAGCUCCGUCAAACCUGACUUUUCCCUCGCCGGGUUCUAGCGUCUAAAACAACAGGUUGUCGAAACGACGCUCAUGAUACACUACACAGUUGCACGUCUUCAUUGAUGAGAACUACUUCGCUUCGUCCUCAAAUUACCACCAUUAUCGGAAGCACUACUUUACSCACAUUGUAACAUCCACUCCUUGAAAAAUACAUUAAGACCGAAAUAUCUAGGGCUGUUUAAAACCAAUUCUCUUAGUCUCCUAUGGGAGGCAUGACCAAAAUUUAUCAUGAUUAUCCUACAAAAAGUUAUGUUAUUGGGUCUGUUCAUUUCACCCUUGGACCACGUCCUCACUCGUUGCUUGCUCUUCGAUGCUUUCCAUCUGUUCCCACUUGCCGUCGAUCCCUUUCUUCCACAGAGAUACGUCCGAAUCACCACUGCUGACGGCCAAAAUAUGCCCGGUUUGGGUAGACCAGCUCAGUCUCCACACAGGUCCAUCGAAUUUGUGGAGCUUACUUGCCUUCCACUCUUUGUUCUUCCCAUUUUGGGUCCAAAUCAAAACAGUGCGGUCUUCGGAACAAGAAGCUACUACGUUGACAUUGGGAAGAAUCGGCGGUGCCCACGCAACAUCCCGAACCCAAUCGCUGUGUCCAAGGUCUUUUGAGACUGGACACGACGGAUCUUCAACCCAUUGUCCCGUUUCUGGUUGUUCAAGCCAAAAUCGAAUGCGGUUGUCGCAUCCUCCCGUCACGAGUCUCAAGCUAUCAGCAGGURC